CCCGACUACCUCGACGUUGUCACUCUUCAGUUUGCAUUUUGCGAUGGCCUCGACAGUCGCAACGCCGCCGAGCCACGAGUUCUCGGCGCUCACGGACGGCAGCCACGACAGCUUUCCCGUUCUUAUCCACGACGACCUCCCGAACGAAGAGGAGGUGCUGCACGAAGCCGCGCCACCUGCCCAUUCGCUCUCGUACCGGGCCGACAUUGACGGGCUCCGGACGGUCGCGGUCGUGCCCGUCGUCAUCUUUCACGCGUAUCCGACCUCGUUUGCCGGUGGCUUUAUCGGUGUUGACAUCUUUUUUGUGAUUUCCGGCUUUUUGAUUUCCGGGAUUCUCUUCAAGCAGUUCAAAGCGGCCAAGUUUACGUACUCGGACUUUUACGCCCGGCGUAUCCGACGCAUCUUUCCCGGCCUCCUCCUCAUGCUCAUUGCUACGGUCAGUCUUGGCUGCGCCUGGUACCUUGCGACGCCGCUGAAAUCGAUGGCCGCGACGUUGACCGCGGGCUGCGUCUUUGGCGCCAACAUCCAAGUGCUCACGCUCAAGAUGGGCUACUUCGACGCGAGCAUCAAGGAGAACCCGCUCUUGCACCUCUGGUCGCUCGGUGUCGAAGAGCAGUUUUACAUCUUCUGGCCGCUCUUUGCGUCACUCGUCAUGAAGCUGUCGUACCGAAAGGCGAUUCUUGCCCAAGUGUUUGUCUUGGUUGCGAGCUUUGUCUGCAACGUGGCGUUCCUCGGGUACGGUGGCACCAACAACUAUGCAUUCUACUUUCCGCUGUCGCGCUUUUGGCAAAUGGCGGUCGGCGGCCUCCUCUCGUACAUCAACCUCCAAAACAAGGUCAUGGUCGCGCACCAGGGACUCUGCCACGUAUUGGCGCUCCUCGGUCUGGGCGCGCUCGUUCUUGGCUUUGUCAUCAUCAACGAAGAAGACGCGUUUCCGGGCUUUUGGGCGCUGCUCCCGACCGCCGGCGCCGCCCUCCUCAUCGCGAGCGGCCCCAACACGUUUGUGCACAAGUACUUUCUGAGCCUCUACCCGAUGGUCUGGAUCGGCCAGCUCAGUUAUGCGUGGUACCUCUGGCACUGGCCGCUGCUUGUGUUUGCGAAAGCGCACUGGCCGCAGACCGAGCUCCGCCCGUGGUACGCGAUGCCGUACGCCAUGGUCAUCUUGUCGCUCCUGCUCAGUGUCUUUACGCUCUACGGUGUCGAGAACCACCUGCGCCGCCGCAAGGCCAAGUGGCUUGUGCCGCUCCUCUCGGCGCUCAUGGUGGUCAUGGCCAUGCUCGGGAUUUGCAUUCAGCUGUACCCGACCGCGUUCUCUGCGCUCGAGACGUCGGGGCCGCUGCCGCCGUCGCGCGGCCCGAUCGUCAACGCCACCGAUACCGAGCCGCCCAAUAUGAGCAAGCCGCCGAUGUUCGAGCAGCCGACGGCCGCCAAGAUCCGCGCCGCCAUCGACGAGCACGACGACGGCCCGGGCUACUCGUGGACGGAGAAGGACGGGCCGUACGGCUGGGCGCCCGAGUCGUCGGUGCUCAACCCCAACAAGCCGUCCGUGACGUACGUUGUCGGCGACUCGCACGGCCAUAUGCUCAAGAUCCGGUACUCGCACCUCAACACGCUUGCGGCUAAUGCCAGCGCGCCGCUUCGGUUCCCGUCCGCGGUGUUCUUCACGGCCAACGGCAUGCCGCCGCUGAGCUGCAACAGCGACCACACCAACGCCGUCGAAGCCAUCAAGAUGGUCAAGCCUAAGUCGGUGCUCUACGCGUCCGAUUGGAAGCAGUUUUUGCGCUUUGGCAGCAGCUCGGCGAGUGCGAGCGCGUCACCGCGCUGCUGCACGCGCAGCUACGCGGACGCGUGCGAUUACCAGUCGAAAGGCGACGUCGAGGCCAUGAUCAAGACGCUCACGGACGAGCUCACGUCGUUUACGAAGCUCGGGAUCAAGGUCUAUGUUGCGGGCCUCAACCCGGAGGGCAAGGAGUUCAACCCGAAGAACAUGCUCAGCGGCAGCGGCGUCGGCAAGGUCGACCCGGUCUCGCGCGCCGCGUACGAAGCGACGCCGCAGAUCGCGUACCUCCACCAACUGCUUUUGGCUGCGACCAAGACGGCGAACGCGACGCUCAUCAACUUUGCCGACAACCAGUGCUACAAGGACACAUGCCAAGUCCUUUCAAACGUCGGCGAGCCCAUCAUGCGCGACGAUGACCACUUCCGACCCGCGUACGUCAUGCACUACCUCAGCGUCAUCGAUCAGGUGAUUGACGCCGCACGGUACUAGUACUAGCAACCUAUAUUACUAGAACUCCCUAUCCAUUUUUAUAAAAAACAUUUUUUUCAUUC